AUGGACAAUCAAAAAAACAAAGAAUGGAAGGAAGACAAGGAUGACGACCACAUGCUACGGAACAAGGACGACGAUGUGAUAGAGAUUGAUAUGGACGAAGAAACAGAAACUAAAGACCAAAGGGAAAAGAGAGAGCAGAGGGAGUUCGAGGAAGAACUCCUGAGAAAGAGUAAGGAGAACAGAAUUUCGUUAAAUAGGUCAGCGGGACCAGCGAAACAUUCAACAUUGCUAGAGGACAAAGAAGAAGAGAAAGAAAUUGAGGACCCCGAACCCGAGCAGGAGGGCAACAUAUUAAUGAAUUUAAUCUUCGGAAACGAUGACCGACAGUCAUAUAAAAAAAGAAAGGCGGGUAGCCCUGAGACAAUGGGGAGGUCAAAGAGGGAUAAAAGGGAGGAACAGGAGGAGCCGGAAGAGACGGAGGAGGAGAGAGAUCUCGGGAUGCUGAGGGAGGUCCUGGAGAUCCUCACCACAAAGGGACCGGUUGGCGGAGAGAAAAAAUACAGGGCGGUCAACAUUUUGGCAGAAUUAUACAAGCUGAACAAAGCUAACAAAUCAAGCCUGUACCUAGGGAGCCAGGCCUCGGCUGUAGACUCAGAUGCGUCUACACAAGAACAAGAACAGGAAAACAAAGGUGCCACGAAGCCAAAAAUGGUGGAGAUGGCCACCCAGACGGACGCAUGGCACGGUCCUCCCGGGGCAGUCAAGGUGGCGAGUCUGGAAGGAAUUAGAACAUACGAGGAAUUCCAGGGGCACGUCCGCCUCGAUUGGCCCGAGAGGAUCUACAAGAAGGCGGUGAUAGAAAUCGGUAACCCGGUCGAGAUGAAGGCCAACGUAAAGGUGGUGGUCACAGAGCCGAAUGACCCUGGUAUGAACUUCUCUGUUCAGAGGUUGUACAGGGACAGGUACCCGGCAUUAGCGACUCUUAAGGGGGAUUACGAAGAUAUGGAGCUAACAUACACUGUGAAAGAAAACGGGGUGAGGGUGUCCACUACGGAGACCAUUAUUAAGACGAAGAGCCACACCCCAGAACAACUGUGGGACGCCCUGGUGAAGGUCAGGGAGGAGGCUAAGGAUGAAGACCUGGUGGCCCUCCACCACACCAGCUACAUGCCAGUGGAGGAUCUAAGGAAGAUGGCAGAAGCCAUCUUCCAGAAGACAGCAGUGAAAAAAGUAGUAAUACAUACAACAGCAACCCGUAGGGAGAGGCCGACCUACGGGUUCAUUGUGAAAAAGAAGGAUGCGACAUAUUCUCAACUCCUUGAAGGGGUGGAGAAGGCGGUUGGCGGCACAGAGGCUAAGGGUGCGAUACAAAGCCUUAGGAGCACUAGGGAUGGUGGCCUUCUAAUAACUAUGGAUAAAGACCAGGCAGCGGCCGCGGAAAUUAAGAAUGCGAUAACCCAGAGGGAGAGCGGGCUCACCGCACAAAUGGUGGGCUCGGAAGGGCAGGAGGUCAUCCAUGUGAGAGGGAUGACUUCCAAUACAACGGAAGAACAGAUAAAAGAGGCAGUAAGAAGGGAAGUCUAA